AUGACAAGAGUGCCACCGUCACGACGGAAACUGAAACCCAUACACAUACUCUUCUCCUUCCUUUUCCUUUUCAUCACUGCGGUCGAGUUUUCCUGUGCGAGUGCACAGCACCUGUUGAAGUCCGAGCGAACCACAUUGCUUAACCUGAAGCAACAAUGGGGGAAUCCGCCGUCACUGAGGAACUGGAACGCCUCUUCACCGCCAUGCAACUGGACAGGAGUUCACUGCAACGACAACGGCUCUGUUGAGUGGUUUGAACUCAUGAGCAAGGGAUUAACUGGACAUAUACCGCCGUUCAUCUGUGACUUACCUAACCUGAGAAAUUUGUAUCUCAGUGAUAAUUCCCUCACCGGAGAGUUCCCUACGGUUUUUUAUAAUUGUUCGAAGCUAGUUGAAAUUGAUAUCGCGCAGAACGGUUUUUUUGGAAGGUUUCCGGAUGAUAUUGACCGAUUUUCAGGACUCAUGUGGAUUGAUGUCGGAGGUAAUAACUUCACCGGCGAUAUACCUCCAGCCAUCGGCAAUUUGUCCGCGUUAAUGUAUUUGUCGUUGGAUAAUAACUCGUUCACUGGUUCAAUCCCGUCGGAGAUUGGAAAUUUAUCUAAUCUGGAAACGUUGGAUUUGAGUUCCAACAACUUGGAAGGUGAAAUCCCUUCUGGGUUGCUUCUGUUGAAGAAACUGGAUAGUUUGACCUUGUACAAGAACAAAUUAUCUGGAAGAAUUCCGUCGGUGAUCCAGUCUUUAGAUUUAAUUGAAAUCGAUCUCUCCAUGAACAAAUUGAACGGCUCAAUUCCUAAAGAUUUUGGCAAAUUGCAGCAGCUGGAGGUGUUAAAUUUGUUUUCAAAUCAUUUAUCCGGCAACAUUCCAACAAGUAUUUCACAAAUUCCGACACUGAAGAAUUUCAGAGUCUUCAAAAACAAUCUCGAUGGCGAAUUACCUCAGGAAAUCGGGUUUCACUCGAAGCUGGAAACAUUCGAAGUAUUCGAGAACAAACUCACUGGAAAGUUGCCUGAGAAUUUGUGCGGUGGUGGUACUUUGCUCGUGGUGGCUGCUUUCUCCAACAAUCUCACCGGAGAAAUCCCGAGAUCACUCCAGAGUUGUCACAGCCUUGAAACAAUCCUACUCCAGGAUAACAGUUUCACCGGUGAAAUUCCUCCAGGAAUUUGGACAUUAUCCAAUCUUUCGAGCUUGAUGCUUACAGGAAACUUUCUUUCUGGUGAACUACCGAGUACAGUAUCAUGGAAUUUAUCAAGAUUGGAGAUCAAUGACAACAAGUUCUCCGGCCAAAUUCCGGACAGCAUUUCGUCUUGGACAGAACUGAAUGUGUUCAAGGCUAGUAACAAUUUGUUAUCAGGUGAAAUCCCGACAUCAUUCACUUCUCUUUCACAGUUGUCUGUACUUCAUCUUGAUGGAAAUUCACUUUCCGGCGAACUUCCAUCGGAGAUCAAGUCCUGGAGUUCACUAACCACUUUGCAUCUAGCGAGAAACAAACUUUCUGGUCCGAUUCCACAAGCCAUCAGUUAUUUGAAAGGUCUUCUUGACCUUGAUUUAUCAGAAAACCAAUUUUCCGGUGAAAUUCCCCCACAAAUGAGCCGUUUGAGGCUGAGCACUUUAAAUCUUUCUUCCAACAAACUCACCGGAAGAAUCCCAUUUGCAUUCGAUAACCUCGCUUACGAAAAUAGUUUCUUAAACAAUCCCGAUCUAUGUGCUAGUGCUUCAUCCCCAAUCUCAAAUCUCCAUAACUGUUACACCAAAUCCUCACACUCCCAGAAAUCUUCCCCCAAAAUCAUCGCCAUGAUUGUCGUCUUGUCAGCAUUCAUCAUACUUGUCGCCAUUCUGUGCACCAUGAUCGUCUAUAGACUAUACCUCCAGAAGAAACAUAAACACAUUGCGGAUCUCACAGCAUGGAAACUUGUUGAAAAGUGA